GUGUGUGCAAGUGCGGCCAUGGACUUGUUAGACGUGGAUGGCGAUUGCAUCCAGUUUCUAAUCGACCCCAAGGGCAGGCUGCGAGAGUAUGUGAACGGCAAACUGGAGAUGGAGAACGUGCGUUGGUUGCGGUAUGAUGCUUCUAGAGCAAUGCUGACAGAUGAGAAGGGGGAGAUCACGCUUCAAGAGAAAGAUCGCGUGGAGAAGGCUUUGGGCGUCCACUGUUUGGCCAUGCGUGCGGGCAUCCAGUGGCUAGGUGACCCGCCCGCACCUGCGCGCACGUUGCUGGUGGAGGACACAGAUGGCGACAGGCUGGAGUUUUUGGUGAAUGAAGACAUGAAGCUUCAGGAGUUCAACAACGGUGAGUUGGAGCUGGAAGCGGUGAACAGCAUUUGUUUCAAAUUUGCGGAUGGUUCCAUCACUGAUGACACAGGUGUCUUCAAGUUUCCUCCUCGCGAGUGCAUGCAGAAAGUCGCAGCCCUGUAUUCUUUGGCUCUUCAGGUGGGAAUUCACUGGACGGGCGACAACCCCCAGCAGGUCUCCGCAGUUGCUGUGGGCAGUGAGCCAAAAGUGCUGGACAUCGAGAACUGUGCUGGGGAUUGGGAGUUCCAAUGCCCACAGCUCUGGGAUGCCUUGAAGCCCACCGAUGACCCAAAGAAGCGCUACUGCGAGACAUGUCGCGAAAACGUCUACUUCUGCGACUCAAUUGAAGAAGUGCAAAGCCACGCGUCGCAGCGUCGUUGCGUGGCCUUCGUUUCCGACACUGACGUGACAAUGGAGGCUGAAGCAGAAGAUACCAUCACACUUCGUGUCGCGUUGCUGUCUGGACAAGAGCUGCCUGAAGUCUGCGUGCCAGCAGCCGCCACUGUUCGAGAUGUAAAGCAGGCCAUCACAAAGGUUGCGGGCCACCCUGCCGAGGAGCAGAGGCUUCUCCUGGAGGGCGAGGAGCUGUGGGAUAUACAGCCAAUCAGCUCCUUCGAUGUCAAGGUAGGUCUGCAGCUGGUAAGGGUGUUGAAACCGGUGGUGGAACGGCCCUUCGAAGGUCGGAAGGUCAAGAUGGGCAAGCGCAGGGCACCUCCCCGCGGAUGAGACGCAGCCGCCAGGGUGGCAUGACAGUUGCUUACAUACGCAGAAAUAAAGAUACCGUCCCCC